AUGCUCAGUGACGUUAUCCGGAACCAUCCCAAAGUGCCACUCCCUCUCCACACCGCCGGGCAAGAAACUGGCAUCGCCAUUCAGCUCUUGCCUCCAACCUCUGCCCUGCCUCGUGUACUUGCUCAAGCUCGCCGUCCCCGCUCCUAUGAAUUUGGUCCUCUUGCCAUCCGCAUCGUCAUCCAGCAGCACUCUUCCCAUGGCGAUGAUCGUUGCAGCAUGACUGCAUAUGAGCACCCUUGUGAUGUUGAGUUGUUCGCAUCGCUGUUCGAUAAGCUCGAGUACGCGACGUGCUCUCGCGUGAAGCUCCGAGAUGUCUUCCCCACCGUUAUUCGGGUACAGGAGCGGUUCCCAUGA